ACCAACCAAGUACAAAAUGCCGGACGGAGAGGCUAGGGAAUCGGAUGUGAUUCUCUUAAACUAAAUAUUUUGUUUUAAAGUAUUAAAAUGGCAGACAAAAGUUUGGAAUCCAUCCAGUUAGAAAGGGAUCAGUUAAAACAAGAAUUAGAACGUUUACAUUGUGAAUUGGCUCAAACGAGUCACGAAAAAAUCCAAUCUGCCCAAUAUGGUUUAGUGCUUUUAGACGAAAAAGAAGCUCUUCAACAAAAAUGCGAAGAACUAGAAGCACUUUAUGAUGCUACAAAGCAUGAAUCGGAUUGCCUCCGAGAAGCUUUAGCAAAAUUUCAAACAAGCCAAAAAGUAAGUGCUACUACUGGAAUUGAACAGGAAGAAAGUUUGCUUCAAGAAACUGCUAGUAAAGAAGCAUCAUUUACUUCUACACUUCAAGAAUUGGAGAGAGAAUUAAAAUUGGUCCGUCAAGAAUUGGCUCGUGUAGAAGCAGAAAAGGAACGCAUACAACAAGAAAAUGCUGAUUUGGCCAAACGAUGUGAAAUUUACGAUUGGGAAAAGAAAAAUUUAAAAACAGAAUUAAAAGAAUUGAAAUUUCGUGAAGCAAGGUUGCUUGGUGAUAACAAUGAGCUGGAAGAAGAAAAUAUUUCUUUACAAAAACAAGUUUCCUCGCUUCGUUCAUCACAGGUAGAAUUUGAAGGUGCAAAACACGAAGUAAGACGUCUGCAAGAGGUGAUGGAAUCUUUUAAUUCGCAAGUGGAAGAAUUGACGUCGCUUAAAAAAAUCGCAGAGAAGCAGCUCGAGGAAGCGCUGGAAGCGUUGCAGUCGGAAAGGGAACAGAAGUACGCACUGAAGAAAGAAUUGGACCAGCGGUUGAAUUCGGAGUCGAUUUUCAAUCUUAACAACUUGGCCUUUGCCGGAUUUCAUCUUGGAAAUAUGGGCCAAGAAGACGGAAAUAGAACAGAAGAGGAAGACGGAGAAGCAGGUACGCCAGUUCUAAAACAAAUAGAAGCCGAUUUUAUAGUUGGUUCUGACGAAAAAGGUGUUGGCAACGUACAGUCUUCGACGGUUGGCGAUCUGUUCAGCGAACUGCACGGAUCGGAGAUACACAAACUCGAAAAACAACUGGAACAGGCCGAAAACGAGAAAUCUCAACUCACCUUGAGGUUACAAGAAUCUCAACAGCUUUUGGAAAAAACGCAAAAAGAUCUAACCGAUCAGCAUAGCCGCGUGUCACGUAUGGUCGAACACAUAAAUGCCCUAAUUGCAUUGCACGGAAGGCUCGACGGCGAAGAAGGAAGAAUAGAAGGACAGAUGGAAGAUGGGGAAAAGGAUUUGCCGGAAUUGUCUCGACUAAGGCAACUUCUGCAGAAACACGAACAGCGAUAUCAACUAGCAGUUCAACAAGUGGAGAGACUUCAAGCAGAUGUAAAAGGUCUGCAACAGCAAGGAGCUUCUACUGAUCAGAAUGAUGAUGAAUCCCUAGAGAAACUGCUAGACGAAAUUGCAAAUUUGAAAAACAAAGUAAGAAAUAAUGAAAAUCAAAUUGCCAAUCUUGAAAGUGAUAUGAAUAUCUUGGGAGAAAUUACCGGAGAGACACAAACAAGCUUAAAUCUUACUCAAGAGGAUUUGAUAUCGAUUUCUGAAGAACUUGCUCAGCUUUAUCAUCACGUUUGCAUGGUAAACGGAGAAACUCCGAAUCGCAUAAUGUUAGACCAUGUUAAGGGGACACAGCAACCUUCCGAUGAUGGAGUGAAAAAUGACACAUCUAACUGUGUAAUAUCCACAUCAGAAAGAUCAGUGACUUGUAACAGAAUGGAUGCUUUAAGAGAAAAUAUCAAAAGCGAGAUCUGUUUGAAGAUUUUGCAGUCAAACGGCAAUACGGACAUUCGUGUCGAUCCAGGAAUGUGCACCAGGUUAUUAGAAACUUUGCACGAUCAGAUAAAACAUCUGCGUCGUGCUGUUGAAACAACAAUUGAAAUGCAGCGUCAGAACACUAUCCAUUCUAGUAACAGAGACGGCUCGUUUUCGUCAGAAGUGGAGGAUUUGCAAGAACAAGUCAUUAAACUUAAAUCUAUGUUGUCUACUAAACGAGAACAAAUAGCCACGCUACGUACAGUAUUAAAAGCAAAUAAGCAGACUGCAGAAGUAGCCCUGACUAACUUAAAAAGUAAAUACGAGAACGAGAAAACAAUAGUCAGCGAAACUAUGAUGAAACUACGAAACGAGCUGAAGGCUCUGAAAGAAGACGCGGCUACCUUCGCCUCCUUGAGGGCCAUGUUUGCCGCUCGAUGCGAAGAAUACGUUACCCAGCUGGACGAACUCCAACGCCAACUGACGGCGGCAGAAGAAGAGAAAAAGACUCUCAAUUCACUUUUACGUCUGGCAAUACAACAAAAAUUGGCACUUACCCAAAGAUUAGAAGAUCUGGAAAUGGACAGAGAACGAACCCACAUGAGACGUCACACGGGACGAUCUAGGCCAUCCUAUCCACGGACGAGUGGAGGACAUCAUCAUUUGCCUCCUGGGGCCAGUGCCUUUUCUUCUCAUCAAAACUACGGUCAUGGACAAUACUAUCAACGUAGAGACUACUAGAAUAUUUUUUUUUAUAUUGCCUUGCUUAACAAAUCAUGGAUUUAAUUAAUUUUGGUGUUUUUUUUUUUAAGUAUUUACAACAGUAUAAUUUAUUACUUUUGGUAGAAGAGAAUCCCAGAAUAAUUUGUUGUUGAAAGCUAUUUUAAAUCUUUUUAUUGUCGUUUUUCAACAAUGCUUAUCAAAUUGUAUUGCAAUUAUAAGAUUUGGCAUUAUCAGUAAAAUGUACAUACUUUACUAUGUAAUCAAACAAUGUUGUUGUUGUCCACUGUUGUUUUUUAUACAGAAUAAAUGUUAAAAUCCUUUAAUUCAAAUUCCCUAACACAUUCCUACAGUUUACAUAAUUGUUUCUAGCAAAUUAAACAAGUUUUGCUUUUAUUUCAGUUGGAUGUUUGUUGUUCCUGCAUCCACAUUCCAAACGUGCCUAAAUAAAGCAUUCUUUUCUUUGUAAAUUCAGAAAGUUUACAGAUCUAUUUUUACAACUCCGAUUCAAAGCCGAGUUUGUAACUUAUUUCGAAGCUUAUUGUGCGAAAGAUAGCAAAGUAUGCACUGUGUUUUGUGUGCCUUUGAAUGAACAGUUACUGAAAUUUUAACACAUAUCUUGUUAACUUUGAGAGUAGAUUAUUUGUAAUAGAGUUCUAUGCAAUGCUGUUUAGACACUGCCCCCUUCUUUGUUGGAAUGAACAGGUGGGAACAAUUAACAGAAAGGGACCUGUAAGGAGUAGAAAUAAAAGUGU